ACAGCAAACAGAGCAUUAGCUGACUCAUAUGGUCGCGUUCUUAAAUCAUCUUUACUGUUCUGCUUUGAAAACAUGAAAAUGGAUAAGGUGCCAGCUGUUGACGAAAAAGGCGAUAACUUCCGGUCGCUGCCGGCGGUGCGCCCGAUGAGGGCGGCGGAGCUGAACAUAGCCUCGUCCCCGUCCAAGAUGAUUAACCGUAGCCCUUCCGAAUGUGCCUUCCAGCGCUUCCUCCUGGAGGCCUCCGCACCAGUUGAUCACAGUUCCGCCGCGGCUUCUUCUUCUUCUUCUACCUCUACAACUUCUCCCCGCUGGAUACAACCGCCUCAAAAGGACGGCGCUGUGAUCGUGGAUCGGAAUCUUAGAACUGAUAUGAAUAUCAAACUCGGGCACAAGAGCUCCGGGCCCGAGCUGGCUGUGGAAAAAUCUAUGACGGCGUCUCUGGAUACAGGAGCUACAGCUAAUGUUCCGGUUGAUUCCAAGGAUUAUCAGGCAUUCCUCAAAACCCGUCUCUAUCUUGCCUGUGCCGCAGUAGCUUUCUCACGUGGAAAUUCUGCUGAGCCUGAAAAGGGAUUUGAGUCUUCUAUUUCAACUCCGGAAUCGCUGGUUCAUUGUAAUGGAUCUAGGAACUAUUUGCCCAAUGGGCAAAAGAAGAAUGCCGGAUGUCAUGUUGGAACACCCUACUUACCUGUCCUACACAGGAAAUCCAGUGCUCGGGUACGGUCAACAAGUUGCUCAGAACAGUCUGAUGAUGAUGAACUUGAUGGAGAAGCAGAAACAACUCACCACAUAGAUGCAACAGAAGUGAAACGUGCAAGGAGAAUGCUAUCCAAUAGAGAAUCAGCUAGACGUUCUAGAAGAAGAAAGCAAGUCCAUCAGACAGAAUUGGAGACACAGGUUUCUCAAUUGAGAGUAGAAAACUCCUCAUUGUUGAAGCGUUUGGCUGACAUAAGCCAAAAACAUAAUGAUGCUGCAGUUGACAAUCGAAUCCUGAAAGCAGAUGUUGAGACACUAAGAGCAAAGGUGAAGAUGGCGGAGGAAACCGUUAAAAGAGUAACCGGGAUGAAUCCAUUACUCCAAGCAAUGUCUGAGAUAUCCCUUGUGAGCUUUCCAUCCUUUGCCGAUAGCCCUUCGGACGCUUCAACUGAUGCUGCUUCAGCUGUACAUAUGCAAGGUUGUGAUGAUCUUGACUACUACCAAGCCCUUUCUCAUAUUUCCUCUCCCCAUGGAUCUGGAGGCUCCAGUGGAUUGCUGAACAUCCAUCCAAAUGAUAAUGUGCAGCAGGGCUUGGAAUGCCCACACGAGUGCAUCCGCGGAGUUGUGGGAAAUUCGUUGCAGGGAAAGCAAUAAUGUGUAAAGUGAGAUUUAAAUAUUUACUUUUUCCAAUUAGAGGCAUUCACUAUCUGGAAUGAAAAAUAUCUAUUGUGCCUCGAACAUUUCAUUUUCAGCGAAUGAUUAGCUAAUUCCUUCAGAUAGUAUGUCUAGAUUCCCUCACAUAGUAUGUGUGGUUGCACUCUUUUAUUUACCUUUCAUACCAGAGUGGUGUCACAAAAAUGACAUUGGAAAGUGAUAUGCCAUGGCAUGUUUGGUACAUUAGAACUAUUUGUCCUUGCUUAUUCCAUAAUUUGAAACAUUGGAAAACUUCCCUG